UGUGUCAGCGCCACAGAGUGCGUCGGGCGCGCGCCGUCGCUAUCUAAUUUCGAGCUCGUCAUGAAGGCCGAGAAGUUCACGCUGCUGCGCCACUUCGACGGCUGGCCGCAGCCGUCCGACUUCCAGCUGGAGUCUGAGGAGCUGGCCGAGCUGCAGGAGGGCGAGUUUCUCUGCGAGGCCGAGUACCUCAGCGUUGACCCGUACAUGCGUCCGUACUCGCGGAACCUGCAGCCGCCGACCACCAUGAUCGGCUCGCAGGUCGGCCGCGUGCUCGAGAGUCGCUGCGAGCGCUUCCCGGUGGGCAGCCGCGUGGUGGGCGCCCUCGGCUGGCGCUCGCGCUCCGUGGUGAAGGGCGACACGCCGCCGGCCGUGUUCGGAGUGCGGCCGCUGCCCGAGCUGGGCGGGCUGCCCGACUCGUACGCACUCGGCUCCUGCGGCAUGCCCGGCAACACGGCCUACUACGGCUUCCUGGAGCUAUGCCAGCCGAAGGAGGGCGAGACGGUGGUGGUGACGGGCGCUGCUGGCGCCGUCGGGAGCCUGGUCGGCCAGAUCGCCAAGGUCAAGGGCUGCCGCGUGGUCGGCUUCGCCGGCACCGACGCCAAGUGCGACUGGCUCAAGACGCUCGGCUUCGACGCGACCAUCAACUACAAGACGUGCCCCGACAUUGACGCGGCGCUGAAGACGGCGGCGCCCGACGGCGUCGACUGCUACUUCGACAACGUGGGCGGCAUGCUCAGCCAGCGCAUCCGGCAGCAGAUGAACCUGUUCGGUCGCAUCUCCGUCUGCGGCUGCAUCUCCAGCUACAACGAGAAGACCGGCGAGGAGGUCAAGGUGGAAGUCCCCGAGAAGACGAUCCUCUUCAAGCAGCUGCGGGUGGAGGGCUUCAUCGUGUCGCGCUGGGACAAGGAGGACCUCUGGCAGAAGGGCGUCCAGCAGAUGGCCGCAUGGAUCCGCGACGGCAAGAUCAAGGUGCAGGAGACGGUGACCGAGGGGUUCGAGAAGAUGCCACAGGCCUUCAUCGGCAUGCUGCAGGGCGAGAACACGGGCAAGGCGGUGGUGAAGGCAGCUGCGGAAUAGCACCCUGCCACGCCCCCCCCCCCCCCCCUCCUCACACACAACCAGGUCUCGCACGGGUAAUAAUGCUUCCGGGGGCGUAAACUGUGGAGCUCUUGGCUCAUGUACGAAAUGUUGCCGUGCGACGACCCACUCGCCAAACGCACAGCACUGUUUCAUACCGAAUGUGUGCCAUUAUCCGCUGCAUUCAAUCCAGAACCAUAGGUGUAACAUGGACUCGGCUCCCGAAACGUCUGCAAGGCGUUGUACGCCCACUGUACGCGCUGUCGCCAGGUCGGCGCUCGCACGCGUCUCAUAUUUUGCCGCCGACGGGUUUUCACGUGACUGCCGUAUCUGUGAGCGAUGAUAGCACGGUGGAAUACAUGCUUCGCAGGCUU